AUGACAGCGAAAUUCCCAAUGGAUAUUCCUUUCGGUCCUUUCGAGGCCCACAGCAAUAUCGAUCCAGCAACUCCUCCUACUCUUCCCAACCUCAAUACUCCCAAUCCUCCCCUGGGGGAGGCAGUGGGAUGUUCAGGUUCAAUGUCCCCGACAAUGGCUUCAGUUAUUCUCGAGAACGUGAACACAAUCCCUCGUACAGCAGAAGCCGACCUCCCACCGAUACCACCGCUAGACCUGGAACCAGCACCAGACCUGCCACCGCGACAACGCUCCCCCCACUUGCAAGUAUCGUUCCCAGCUCCAUCGCGCCGCUCCCGCCCCCGCCAACAUCGCACGCGCGUCCAGGGUCCAACGCCGGCUUCUCAGGACGACCCUUAUCCAACGCAGGGUUCGGAGGAAUCCUUGGUGGGUAUGGAAGCUCAUUCCCUUCCUUUGGACAUACCGGGGCCCCGUUACCAACCUUAUCGGGUUCCAAGAGCGCGAACGGGCUCAGGCUUCCACCACCCACCCCAAGCAAUUUCGACCUCCGACCCGGAUCUCGAGGCGGGUCAUCACAAGGGACAUUUGCCUACCGACCAGGAACAGCUCCCGCCUUGGGCCCAGGAACAACCUCAAACCAUAACGGCUAUGCUGGAUAUGGCAUGGUAUUCGGGUGGGAAGACGAGCGUUCCAGUGGAGAGUCGCCUUUCUCAUUCAAUGCCCCUCCACUCAGCUCAUCCGGCAGCCGAAAACGCGGAUUCUCAGCUGUUGACGAAGGAGAAGGGGAUGAUAGGGCCAGCGAAUCACGCCCCCAAUCCAGGAGACUUAGUGUUAUGGAACUAUGUGCCCCAGAAGAUAUACCCGGGCGCCCGGAAUCAUCAUCUGGUUCAGGGAUCCUUUUCACCCCAAUCAGGGACAGAGAAUAUCCCUCAACAACUUCAGGGAGUAGGCCGGGAACAAGUGGCACGGGGCUCAUUGUCCGCGGAGCUGCAGGACUCGCGCUUGGAGAUCGGGAGAAUGGCACAGGUAGCUCAACAUCAAAGAACCAUGAACUAUUCUUACGGGCUGCGCCUGCAGCAGGAGGACCAACUUCGAAAAGCAAGAGAGAAAGUCCAGGCGGGACAGCAAUCUACUACCCAAACAAUGCAUCUUCGAAACCCGCAUCACCUAGACCAUCUGCAACAAUUCCGUCGCCGUUCCCUGCCAAUGCCGCCAGGCCAUCGAGUUCUGGGUCACACCGAUCAUGCAGCCCAUCUCGCUCGCCCGUCGAGUCAGAUAGACAUGGGCAUGGGCACGGGCACGUCUCCGGGUACGGUCAACAUGGGCGGCAACGAUCCGGAUCUGGGUAUAGACAAUAUGGCGUUAUCGGCGGGGGACAUGGCGCCGGGUAUGGCAGCCCACUCUCAAAUCCUGGACAACAUACCUCAGAGCAUGGCCUCGCCGCCCGGUCCCCCGGUUCUGAUGCAUCUGUCAGCCCUGCAACAAGCACAAGAUCACCAUUAUCUGCAGGAAGUGCAUCUCCCCCAAGCGCCGUCUCGACAGCAAGCGUUCAUGCUUGGAGAUGAGCAUAGAUUGCCUACUGAAACGAGAAUGAGGACCGGCAGCUCUUAUGGACGCCCGUUUCUUUCUCUCGAAACAUCGUUGGAAGUGGACCCGUCAAAGCUCAGAAUAGGCGCGGAAAUUUCAACUGGAUAUGAUUACUCGAAUGUUGAUCACAAUGCACGGAAAAUGGGUGAUAUUCGUGGUUUGGGAUCGUCACGAGAAGAUGAUCCACCUGUACGGCUUGAUACACGUGAACCUCCAGCUUAUUCUUAG